AAUAACAAAUUGGACUGUAUUUUAUUACUAAAUUAAUCUGAAUAUCAAGAAAAAUGAAUAAUACUUGUCGACGUAUUUAUCCUUUGAUGAUAUCUAUUGCUAAAAGGAAUAGCAUACCAAUUGGUACGCGCCAUUUAACUAAUAAAAUUGAUGAUGUACCAACUCAUACUGGCCAGAAAUGGGAUUCUGAUGAUUAUAGAUUGGUCAGAUUCACCAGUGCACCUAAGCAAGUGAAUCCAAACUGGGCAGUCAACUUGAUAGCAGAAGUUCCACCAAAGGAAGUAACUGACAGAGUUGUGUGGUGUGAUGGCGGCAGUGGACCAGAAGGUCAUCCAAGGGUUUAUAUUAAUCUGGAUAAACCUGGAGAUCAUUCUUGUGGAUAUUGUGGCCUACGAUUUAUCAAGAAAGAAAGUCAUUAGUUUUUAAGUAAAAAAUUUUGUUUGAUAAUAUAGUAAGAAUUUGUUAUAAAUUAAAUAUUUUAUUUAAUAAUGCAAUAGAUGUGUGUGUAAAUCAAUGAGUAUUUCUUUUUAUUUUCCCUGAUUAUAAGUUAAAUAGGU